AUCAUGGCUGCCACUUAGAUAUUUCCGGGUCAUUUCAUUCAGUUAGGAACCUUCCUAAGCAAAAAAGACUAUUCGGACACAGCUUGAAUUUCUGACUGAACCCAAGAAAGAUUCAACAGAGGAGUGACUUGCACAAUUCUGAGGCAAGUAUAUACAAUUUAUGGUGUUAUCAAACACACAGAUAAGGCAGAUAAACCCAGCAUUUAAUGAAAUGUCAGCUAGUGUCUGUUUCUUGGCUUUAUUACAUGUUCACCUUUAAGUAAGUAAAGUUAUAUUUUUGAGAUUAAAUGAUUAAUUAGUUGUACAAAUAAUUAUUGUUAAAAUAACACUGCAGGUGGGCUCUAAAGAAAGACAGUUCAGAAGCUUUGUGACCGCUGAAUCGGAGCCAUUGCCACCAGCCUACUGAUGCCCUAUGAUUUAUGACAGCAGGGGACCCAUUACCACAGUCUCAGGCAGACAGACACGCAUGCAUCAGUGCUACUUCCGCCGAUGACAUUUUCGAGGUCAGCUGGUGGCUUAUUUAUCUGAGGAAGAUGGCAUUAAAAAAUCAGCUACUUCCUCCCCCUUUGUGCUCUUUUGCUGGUAAGUAGUACACAGGAGGGUAGCUGCAGUAUGGGAAUAACAUCAUUACCUGAAUACAGCUCAAGGACAGCUAUUACAGCCCUCCAUUCUGGCUCUCCUCAUAAAGAUGUCGUGUUAAAUCUUGCAGGGUGCUGGGGCAUAUGUGGAUUGACAUCAUGAUUAUUAAAAGUAAUGUGCAAAAGAAUUGCAUCCCUACCAUCCACGUGCCUGGAGAGGGCAAAGGGAAUAAAGGCAUGCUUAUGUAGAUUUCUCCAGAAGCCAGAUCGGAGCGCUCUCGGCCACUCAAUCAAAACUAAAAAACAAAGGUCAACCAACGAGGAAUCCCUCAAGUGCAAGAUUUCUUUUGAAAAAAUUUUGUCAAAUAAUUGUGGACUGUCUGCCUUUAGAGCUUUCCUGAUGGCUGAGUUCAGUGAGGAAAACCUUGCUUUUUACCUAGCCUGUGAGGAAUACAGAAUAAUCAAGUCCUCUGCCACACUGUCAGCCGAGGCAAAGAGCAUCUAUGAUGAAUUCAUAGUGGAUGGUGCACCUCAAGAGGUCAAUAUUGAUCAUGAGACGAGAUGUGUCACAAAAUGCAACUUAGAACGGCCUACCCUGACCUGCUUCGACUUAGCUCAGCACCAAAUAUACACCCUUAUGGAGAAAGACUGCUACCCACGCUUUCUGAGGUCCGCAGCGUACCAAGACCUCCUUAAAACCCAAAGCAACUGGCAGCAGUGGCAUGCUACGAAGACAAGCUCUUGAAGAUGCUAAGGCGUGUGUCAGACCAGGAAAAAUGCAUCUCCUUAAGAGAGAUGCCCAGGCAUGACAGGGCCACUCACCGAGGAUGUGAGACACUGGCCCUGCCACGAGAGGCUCAGUGCAAUGAUCUCAGGUGCCUGUUUAUAACGGCGUCAGACACCAAAUACCAAAGAGUUCUGUAACACUGAGGCUGUGCUCUGCACCAGCGAUGUGGUGACAUCUUGUUGAGAACAGAGCAUGAGAAAGGAGGAAGGCUAAAAAGUAUACUUGUCACUACGAGUGACCAUUUAGGAGGCAUUCUGUGAAUAUUUUAUGGGUGGAAAUCGGAGGAGAGUAGACCUGGAGAAACACAUUUAUGAAAUAUAAAUGUUAUUAUUUCCAUGUCAGUUAUGAAAAUAUGGACACAGCAUUAUGCAAGUAUUUAACAUUACUAGACAGGGGUACUGUUUAUUUACCACAUUUUUAAACAAAAGUGAAUGAAAUACUGAAAAAUUACUCGAUUUUUUUUCUAAAAGGGAUAAAUCUAAUAACUAAUCUUUUGAACCAUCUAACAUUAACAAUGUGUAUUACUUAGAACUUGAAUGCAUGUAAGAAGACUAAAAAUAAGUCCAGUGCUCCAACAAAAGUAGCAUCUGGUGCAGUGCAGUCCAAGCUUUCAACUUUACAAUCCCAGUUUUAAUUUUGUUACUGUGAUUGCAUAAUGGAACGUUUCCGACUAGACAUAAUAAAGCACUAAUGGUUUGACAGAA